CGAAAAGAAGUCAUCGACGAUCCAGGUGGGCUCGCCCCAUAUUUCCUUGCCGUCUUUAAUUGUUUCUCUUGUCAUCUUCAUCAAUUGCAACCCCAUCACGGCCCCCCUCACGUGGUCACCCUUUCCAGCGCGCCUAAUACCACUUGCAUCAUCCUUUUUACGUGAGACAAUCGCAUCUGACACGUCCACUGUCCAUUGCCAUUGGCCCCUCGUUUCCUUCCCGCGGAAGAUCUAAGGCUGACGAUCGCCUUCGUACCUGUCUAGGAACCGUCGUUGAAUGAGGCCAGCGAUGCCUCCAGCAUUCUUAGUGACUGUCGCGCACAGGAUAUCCUCCCAUAUGAAGCCGACGACUCCCCGUUUCCCGAGGUGCGCGCGGUCGUUCGACCGGUCGAUGAUAAGCAACUCCCCGUCAACACCGUUCGCAUGUGGGUGAUCGGGAUCAUCUUCACCAUUGUCGGAAGCGGGUUGAAUCAGUUUUUCAGUUUGAGACAGCCCAGUGUAACGAUUAGCUCCCUCGUUGCACAACUCUUGGCAUUUCCGAUCGGAUGCGCGUGGGCGCAAUGGAUGCCCCUGGGCAGGCUCAAUCCGGACCGCCAUUUCAACAUCAAAGAGCAUGCCCUGAUCACAAUCAUGGCCAAUGUGUCGUUUGGGUCGGCAGCUGCCACUCAAGUGAUCGAGGCCAUGGUCAAGUUCUACGAUAUGCCGUCUCGCGGGGGGUUCGAAAUUUUGUUGAUGAUUACGACCCAAUUGUUUGGUUUUGGGCUGGCUGGGAUGGCCGCACGCUGGCUCGUGGGUCCAGCCGCGAUGCUCUGGCCGCAGGUGCUAUCAAAUGCAGCUUUGCUCUCGACUCUGCAUUCGCGCCAAAAUCCAAUGGCGGAUGGCUGGGUCAUAAGCAGACUCAGGUUCUUCCUCAUUGUGUUUAUAGCUGGAGCCAUCUGGUAUUUCGCUCCGGGGUACCUUUUUACGGCCCUGAGUACAUUUAGCUUCAUUUGCUGGAUUGUACCCAACAAUGUUGUUGUCAACCAGCUUUUUGGCCAGAAGACCGGACUAGGCAUGUCCUUGUUGACAUUUGACUGGGCCCAGGUCGUCUACGCCAACCAGAGUCCCCUGCUGGUUCCAUUCUGGGCGGGCUUGAAUGUCAUCAGCUCGUUUGUGGUCUUUUACUGGCUCAUCUGCCCAAUUGUCUAUUAUACAAACACAUGGUACUCGGCCUACCUUCCUCUGCUUAACCCAAGCACCUUUGACAAUACGGGCAAGACCUACAACACCACUCGCGUCAUGAACUCGGAUGGGACGUUCAACGUGGAUGCAUACCGCAACUAUUCGCCCAUGUUUCUCCCUGCCGGAUAUGCCAUGACAUAUGGUGUGGCAUUUGCAAACUUGACAGGCAUAUUCGUCCACGUCGCAUUGUAUCACGGGAAAGAUCUGGUUGAGCAAUGGAAGGGUAGGAACCAGAAAGACGUUCAUGCCCGAAUCAUGGACGGCUAUAAAAGCGUGCCGUGGUGGUGGUUUGCCGGCGUCACGGUACUGAUGUUUGCCCUGAGCAUCGUGGUCAACGAGGUCUGGCAUACGGAUCUCCCUGCGUGGGCGGUUCUGCUUGCGUUUGUGUUGCCUAUCGUUUAUAUCAUCCCCGUUGGCAUCAUAAAGGCCAUCACAAACAUCUCCAGCAAUCAGCUAAACUUGAUUACCGAGUUCAUUGGUGGCUAUGCUUUUCUUGGACGUCCGGUUGCGAAUAUGACCUUCAAGUUCUAUGGUUACGUGGGUGUUUCACAGGGUCUUGAAUUCGUGGCCGACAUGAAAUUGGCCCAUUAUCUUCACAUUGCGCCACGGACGCUGUUUGUUGCUCAGGGAAUGGCCACGCUUGUCGGUGCUAUCGUCCAGUGUGGUGUGACUGUUUUUAUGAUUACACGGAUUCAUGGGGUAUGCACUGCUAAUGCUGCGGGGGGGUUUACCUGCCCUCAUGGCGAGGUGACAUACUCAUCAUCAUUGAUCUGGGGUGUCCUUGGUCCCGAUCGAAACUUCUCCCCUGGACAGAUCUACGGGAAUUUGCUGUGGUUUUUCCUCGUUGGACCCGUCGUCGUGGUCAUCACAUGGCUCCUGGGCCGGCGAUGGAACAAGGUCAAUUAUCUUUCUUGGCCUGUGGCAUUCGGCGCCAUGAGCCUUGUCCCACCUGCGACGGGCAUUAACUUCUCCUCCUGGUGGUUGGUCAACGUGAUUUUCAACGGCUUCCUCAAGCGGCGCAAGCCCGCCUGGUGGUCGAAAUAUAACUAUGUGCUUUCGGCGGCGCUUGACUCUGGGGUGGCCGUAUCUACCGUGAUCAUCUUCUUUUGCAUCACUCUCCCGGCCGGGUCAUUGAACUGGUGGGGGAACACGGUGUAUGAGCACACGGCGGAUGCGAAGGGCACGCCGUAUAAGAGCCUGCCGGCAUCGGGAUAUUUUGGACCAGCGAAGGGCACCUGGCAAUGAUGACAUACUGCGUUGGAUAAAGUAGACUAAACGUAACAUCGUAAAUAAUGUUAAAUAUAAUGAUUGGUUACUGGG